AUGGCCACCGCGCCGUCAGCCAAUGCCUCCAGAAGCACGACCCCGACCCCCAGCCGCAUCACCCUCUUCGACAACACGCUCCCGGCCGCGCCCUCGCCCUCCCCCACCGCCUCCGACGAGAACCUGCCCUCCGCGGCCUCCUCGUCCAAGGCCCCCGGCCGCCGCGAGACGCUGAGGAAGGCAAUCGCGUACCGCAAGUACAAGCGGUGGAGCGUGGACCCGUUCCCGAGCGAUGAGCACCUGUCCGCCGCGGGCGGGGUGUCGCCGCCGGACCCGAGGGCGGCGGGGGUGGUGGAGCGCGUGGGCGAGGAUGAGGAGGCUCUUGGCUCGAGCAGUGGGAGCGAGGAGGGGAGGAGGGGGCGGCAGAGGAGUGAUACGGGCGGGAAUGGGCCCAAGGUCGACGGGGACGGGCAGGAGAGGAGGACGGGGAGGAGGAAGGACGGGAAGGAGGAGAAGGAGGUGGCCGAGAUCGAUAUCCUCUAUGAGAACCAGCGCGGAAUGUUUGUCUGCGGCAUCCCCCUAUUCUCCGCAAAGGGCCUGCUCAACUUCGACCCCUCCCCCUGGCAGAACAGGCACUACCACGGCUCCGCCGUCUCGAUCGUCAACGCACAAGUCCCCGACCCGACAUGGACGUGGGCAUGGAAGACCUGGUACGUCGACAUGACCACCGACGUCGACGAGGAAGGGUGGACCUACUCCUUCUCCUUCAGCCCCGCCUUCUCCUGGCACGGCACGCACAUCUGGUUCCACUCCUUCGUGCGCCGCCGCCGCUGGCUGCGCAAGCGCAUCAAGCUCCACGGCCACGACAGCGGCAGCACAUGCAGCAGCCGCUCCGGCAGCCGCGAGCGCGGCCACACCCUCAACCCCGACUACUUCACCAUCCACUCGCACAGCCGCCACCGCCACGCCGCCGCCACCGCCGACGGCAGCACCAUCCUCGGCGGCGGCGCAAAGAAGAAGAAGAAGCGCGGCCUCAUGGGCGGCGAGGGCUGGGACUGGAAAGACGAGGACGGCGACGGCCGGGACGACGCCGAGCAGGCGCAGCAGGAGGGAAUCAAGGACAUCCCAACACUCAUGAACGUGCUCCGCGCCGCACGCCUCGACCGCGAGAAGGUCGAGGCCGUCGAGAACUUCCUGAAGGAGGCCGGCGACGAGGUCGAGUAUCUGCCGGAGCGUGUGCCGGCCAUCAUGGCGCUGAUGAUCUUUCAGGCGUCGCGCAGGCAGCUGCUGUCGCUGCUGGUCCGCGCGGCAGAGGACGCGGAGAGGGCGGAGGAGGGGCCGGAUACGCCGGUGGUGGAGGAGGAAAAGGUGCCGGAGGCGCCGUUGCCGCCCACGGUGGCGGCGGCGGAGCCCACGACGCCGCUGUCGGCGAUAUCGGCGUCGUCGCAGAAUUUGCUGCUGCCGCCGUCGCCGGUGGAGGCGCCGGUGCCGCCGCUGGCGGUGCCGAUAAAGGAUGAGAGUGUACCGGAGGAGCCGGCUGCUGGAUCGGCGGAGGCGGGGAGGAGGGUGAGGGAGAGGAGGGAGCGGAGGACGAGGGCGCUGAGGGGUGCGGUGCAGGUGGCGGAGGGGGAGGUGAAGAGGAUGGAGUAUUGGAGUGAUGUUGCGGGGGCGGCGGGGGUUGUGGGGGUGGGGUUGAAGGAGGGGGAAGAGGAGGAGGAGGAGGAGGAGGAGGAGGAGAAGGGUGGGGAGACGUUUACGGGGGGCGCGGGGGCGGGAGGGAAGUAUGUGGGGAGUGCGGCGAGGGCGGUGGAUAGGAAGGGGAAGGGGAGGGACACUAGUGUAUAA